AUGUGCCCUACUCCUGACGUCCCGGCCUCCAAUGGCCACUCCAAUGGCACCAAUGGCCAUGCAAACGGCACCAACGGCGCUGCCAACGGCGACAAGGCCGGUGUGUACUCCAAUGAUCGUACCAAGCAGAAGCACAGCAACCCCUACCAGCCGGUUGGCGAUUUCCUCAGCAAUGUCGACCGAUACAAGAUCAUCGAGUCCACUCUGAGAGAGGGCGAGCAAUUCGCCAACGCCUUUUUCGACACUGAGACCAAGAUCAAGAUCGCCAGGGCCCUUGAUGACUUCGGUGUUGACUACAUUGAGCUCACCUCGCCUGCUGCCUCUGAGCAGUCCCGCAAGGACUGCGAGGCUAUUUGCAAGCUCGGCCUCAAGGCCAAGAUCCUUACCCACGUUCGCUGCCACAUGGACGAUGCUCGCCUCGCCGUCGAGACCGGUGUCGACGGUGUCGAUGUCGUCAUUGGCACCUCGUCUUACCUCCGCGAGCACUCCCACGGCAAGGACAUGACCUACAUCAUCAACACCGCCAUCGAGGUUAUCCAGUUCGUCAAGUCCAAGGGUCUCGAGAUCCGCUUCUCGUCCGAGGAUUCCUUCCGUUCCGACCUCGUCGACCUGCUCUCUGUCUACAGCGCCGUCGAUAAGGUUGGCGUUCACAGAGUUGGUAUUGCCGACACCGUCGGCUGCGCCAGCCCCAGACAGGUCUACGACCUUGUCCGCACCCUGAGAGGUGUUGUCAGCUGCGACAUUGAGACUCACUUCCACAACGACACUGGAUGCGCCAUUGCCAACGCUUACUGCGCUCUCGAGGCUGGUGCCACCCACAUCGACACCUCCGUCAUCGGUAUCGGUGAACGCAACGGCAUCACCCCCCUUGGUGGUCUCAUGGCUCGCAUGAUCGUCGCCGCCCCCGAGUACACCAAGUCCAAGUACAAGCUGCACAAGCUCAAGGAGCUGGAGGACCUUGUUGCCGAGGCCGUCGAGAUCAACAUUCCUUUCAACAACUACAUCACUGGCUUCUGCGCCUUCACCCACAAGGCUGGUAUCCACGCCAAGGCCAUCCUGAACAACCCCAGCACAUAUGAGAUCAUCAACCCUGCCGACUUCGGUAUGAGCAGAUACGUCCAUUUCGCCUCGAGAUUGACGGGAUGGAACGCCAUCAAGAGCCGUGUCGAGCAGCUUGGCCUUACCAUGACCGACGCCCAGGUUAAGCUCGUCACUCAGAAGAUCAAGGCCCUGGCAGAUGUCAGGCCGAUCGCCAUCGACGACGCUGACUCGAUUAUCCGUACUUUCCACCUGAACAUCACGGAGGGCGAGGAGAAGCCCCUGUUGCCGAACAUGACUGCCGAGGAGCAGGCCAAGUUCGAGAAGGCGGAGAGAGAGCUUGCUGGCGAGCCGGAGAAGCGUGCUUUGGAUGAUGCCGCAGCGGAGCCUGCUGCCAAAAAAGUUAAGGCGUAA